GGGUCCAGACUGUGGAUGGAGGAACUGGCUUUGGGAAGUCAGACCUCUUUACUUAAAGGGGGUCGAGCCUUGGGGUUCCAGAGAGCAGGGAGGUACAAAGGUCAUCUGAAGGAGCCUAUCUCCCCACAUUCCACCCAAGAGUCUAACACUGAGGCAGCUUCCUUGAAAACCAAGAUGAGCCACACUCCAGUUGAACAGUCCGUGGAGGACUUGAUCGUCCUGUUCCACAAAUACACCAAACCUGAUGACAAGAUUGACAAGCCCGGCCUGCUGAAGAUGCUGAAGGAGAAUUUCCCUAACUUCCUCAAGGCUUGUGAAAAAAAGGGCAAAGAUUUCUUGGCCCAUAUCUUUGAGGAUGAGGACAAGAAUAAGGAUAAGAAGAUCGACUUUUCCGAGUUUCUGUUGGUGUUGGGAGUCAUAGCCACGGACUACCACAAUCACAGCCACGGCGCCCCGCUCUGUUCUGGGGGAGGACACUGAGCCCAGCCCAGCCUGACACCUCCAAGAAACAAUAAAGUUUGUCUUUUGCCCUGAUA